AUGGUCGGAGGCGCUGGCGCUGCCGUCGGCGCCGCACUUUCAGUCCCGCUAUCACCUGUCGACUCUGCUCCUGUUUCAUCGUCACUGGACGGCGGUGGUGUCGGCCUCCUCGUCAUGUACACUGCGUGCGCUACUCCACUACGUCUCGUGGCUGUUGGGGCCGUCGUCGUCUCCUCUUUAUCUCUUGAUCCCGACACUGUCGUUGUCACCGACACGCCCGUCGUUGGAGCUGUCGUCGGAGCCGGCGCCCGCGUUGACGGCGCCGUGGUCAAUACUGAAUCUGCAAUAGCCGUCGGGCUCUCGUUCUCGUCGUUGAGACCCCCGCCCCCUUCGUCUUCGCUGCUCGUUGUUGCGUGUUUUUCUGCUAUAUCAUCGUCUGCAUCUGAUGCGCCUCCUAUCGUGAUCGAAAUGGACGUCGACGGGCUGUGCGUCGUCUCAUCCGUCCGCGUGACGCCGCCCAGUACCGUGGACGCCAAGUUCGAUACAAUAGUGUUGGCUGUAUCCACGGCUUCGUUGGCCACCUCGGUUAUUGUGUCUGUCACUGCGUUGUGCGCCUCGUCGAACGUGAUAAGGCGACGGUCACUGAGCGCCGCGCAAUGCGCCACCACGGCCGCCAUCGCGCCGAACGCCAGCAUCGCGCGUCUCCUUCUGCGCGCUCCACGGCGGCGUGGGCUCUGCUGCGAGAUGGCGAGGCGUCGUGGAGUGGACGUCGCCCGUACUGCUUCAGUGCCUGCGUCUUGGUGGGGAUCGACCGAUACUGAGGGAGCAGCUUGGCGAUACGUUGUAACUGUGCCUUUGCGCUGA